AUGUCUCCCCGCAACGACAUCCCGCAGUUGCGCGACGUGUUGGGCUAUCCCACCUCUCCCCCAACUUCACCACUGCUCGCUCCUCCCCCCAUACCUCGCCGACACACCCGGCAGUCUUCUUCCAACACACGACUUCGCGAACUACAAGCUAACCUGGCUCGCGAUGAAGCUAAGCGCAAGGCAACCACCGACCCUCCCAACGGCUCUCCCAAGCGCAUAAAGCAGGACCCCUCGACACCUUCUGCCGCCGACGAUGCCCCCGCGCCUCCCGUGAAACGUAUAGUGCCGUUCCCCGAGAAACCUGCCGUCAUAGAAGAGCGCAAUGGGGAGAUUGAAUUCAGAGUGGUCAACAAUGAUGGGGAAAGGGAGAGCACCAUCAUCUUGACAGGCUUGAAGUGUAUCUUCCAGAAACAGUUGCCCAAGAUGCCAAAGGACUACAUUGCGCGUCUCGUCUACGACAGGACCCAUCUGAGCAUAGCCAUCGUGAAACAUCCCCUCGAGGUGGUAGGUGGCAUAACAUACCGUCCCUUCGACAAAGGCCAGUUCGCCGAAAUUGUCUUCUGCGCCAUAUCCUCGGAUCAACAGGUCAAGGGCUACGGUGCCCAUCUCAUGUCCCAUCUCAAAGACUACGUCAAAGCCACCUCGCAGGUCAUGCACUUCUUGACCUACGCCGACAACUAUGCCAUCGGAUACUUCAAAAAGCAAGGCUUCACCAAGGAGAUUACCCUGGAAAAGUCAAGAUGGAUGGGCUACAUCAAGGACUACGAAGGCGGCACCAUCAUGCAGUGUAGCAUGGUGCCCAAGAUAAGAUACUUGGAGAGUGGCAGAAUGCUCUUGAAACAGAAGGAAUGCGCAAACGCCAAGAUAAGGGCUGUGAGCAAGAGCUACGAAGUCCACGCGCCGCCAGCGCAAUGGGCAAAGGGCGAACUGAAAGCCAUCGACCCCCUGACCAUUCCUGCCAUCAAGAACUCCGGCUGGUCACCUGUCAUGGACGAACUCGCUCGCGCGCCCCGCCACGGACCCAACUACAAUGCCCUUCUCCAUCUCCUCAACGACAUGCAGAACAAUAGCAACGCCUGGCCGUUCCAACAGCCCGUCAAUAAGGAUGAGGUGCUUGACUAUUACGACGUCAUCAAAGAGCCCAUGGAUCUCGCGACCAUGGAAGAGAAACACGAAAAGGAUCUUUAUCCUACCCCCGAGGACUUUAUCAGAGAUGCCAAGCUCAUCUUCGACAAUUGCCGCAAGUACAACAAUGAAAGCACGCCGUACGCAAAGGCGGCGAAUCGUUUGGAAAGAUACAUGUGGCAGCGGAUACGUGACAUUCCAGAGUGGUCGCACCUGGAAGGCGAGUUGACAGGCAAGUAA